GGAAUUGGGACCUUUGCUUAUUCUCGAAAGGGGGAACACACUUUCUACGUUCGGGUAUAUUCACAAGGACAGAUCCGAGCGGCUGAGCCGCGAGCUUGUAGAAGGUGUUGCCUUCCUCCAUGCACAAGGAAUUGCGCACCUGGAUAUCAAGCCUGACAAUCUUAUCUGUACCUUUGACACUGAGAGGCUCCUUAUUAUUAACUUUGAUAUAGCCAUGAAGUGCAGUGGUGCAGAUGAUAUGGUCGAAAGGUCCUGUGGGACUCUCGAAUGGAGCGCUCCAGAAAUUGUUCUCGACGCUGACAAGCCGCCACGGGCAUUCAGUCUCAUAUGAGCGGAUCUGUGGUCCUGUGGGAGGGUUCUUCAGUUCAUUGCUGGGAUGGUGGAUGAAGGCGGAUAUUCUGGUUUUAGGCAGCUCAUCAAGAUGCUUCUGGACAAAGAUCCGAGACGGCGGCCUUCGUUACAUUCAGUAGUGGAUAAGGAAUCGGUUUCAUGGACAACUAAUCAACUCCUGGAAGCAUUCGGGUGUCAAGCAAGUGGUAACGAGACUGAAGAGACGGUGCCUGGCGUUAGAGCCCGGAGCCGACAACAUUCACAGAAGAAGAGUUGCUCAAGUAUUUCGGGGUAAGCCGUUACACAGAUUUCGAGAUGCUGGGGGCUUUGCUUUGAACUCACGUUGUCGUGCCGAGCGUUCGCGAUCCAUAGGGUGGAACCCGAAGUACACAAUACAGGACAUGCUGGAAAGCAUUAAACCGGAAAUCGAAGUGUCGCUCAGUGGGUGAUUUACACGGGAGCUCUGAGGAUAGUAAUUCAGUUGUACCUAUUAAAAAACAAAAAUAUGAUAAGAUAAGAUAGGGAGAUAUCCCUCGAAUGA